UCACACAGCGGCCCACAAUUCUCUUUGCAGCAUACAGGGGGCCUCUAUUUCCUCACUAGUUACUACUCAGAGGGCAGAGGGGUGCCAUGGCAGACCACCUUCAUCAAAUUCAGCAGCAACAACACCAACAACAGGAGCAACAACAACUGGAUCUCCCGCCGGGGUUCCGGUUCCACCCGUCUGAUGAGGAGAUCAUCAUGUCAUACCUCACCCCCAAGGUGCUCGACAGGACCUUCGUCGCCACUGCCAUGGGGGAGGUCGACCUUAACAAGUGCGAGCCAUGGGAGCUGCCCGGGAAGGCGAAGAUGGGGGAGAAGGAGUGGUACUUCUAUUGCCAGAAGGACCGAAAGUACCCCACCGGGAUACGCACGAAUCGCGCCACGGAGGCGGGCUACUGGAAGGCCACCGGAAAAGACAAGGAGGUUUUCGGCACGCCACGGCAGGUGCUCAUCGGCAUGAAGAAGACGCUCGUGUUCUACAAGGGCAGGGCUCCAAAAGGGGAGAAGACCAACUGGGUCAUGCAUGAGUACAGGAUCGAGACAAGCAAGGAGCAGGGGCCCUACGCCACCAGUAGCGCCGCCGCCGCGGCUAUCAUCAAUGCAGCAUCCAAGGAUGAGUGGGUGGUCUGCAGGAUCUUCCAUAAGAGCUCUGGGAUCAAGAAGGUGGUGAUGCCAUCGUACACCAUGGCGGCGAUGUCCAUGUCCAUGGGGCAGCAGCAGCAGCAGCAGAGCUUCCUCGCCGGUACUCCAUGCAUGUUGCCUCCUCUCACGGACUACGCCACCGCGUCGUCAUCCUCCCUAGCGCCACCACCGCCUCAGUUGCAUACACCUUCGUACCAGCUGCAUGCAGCCGGCCCUGGUACCUCGAUGAUGGGCGCGGCCCUACCAAUGAAGAACGAACACUACUUUGGGAGCCACAGCCAACACCCGAUUAUGGCGCCGCCCAGGCCGCCCUUGUCAUUCUACCAGCAGCAGAUGCCGAUGAUGGACCAGGGCUUCAUGGCCGGGGCAGGGCUGGCGAGCGGGCCGUCUUCCAUGGUUUCGCAGGAGGAAGCCGGGACCACGCUGAGCAACAACGAACAGAGCAACGCCGCUGAGAUCUCGUCCGUGGAGAUGGGCAUGGAUGGCAUGUGGAAGUACUGAUGAUCAUGCAUAUAUCCAUGCUGAAUUAUCCAGCAUCAGAAGGUCGAUAUACAUAUAUAUGUGUGAAGUUUGAACUGCAUUCGAUAUAUUCUAGUAUGAUCGUAAAGGACGCUUGUAUGCAUAUGAACUGCAUGGCUUUUAUAUGCUAGCAUUUCGAUUGUUUGUAUCUGUACUGGCUUGUAUAUGCACCACCGGUGUGUACCUUGCAUGCAUGUCCUGUAAAAUACAUGUUUUAAACCUAUAUGGAAUAAUUAUUUUGUUUAACUA